AAUUAAUUUAGUCCAAGCGUUUUGUUACUGAGCCUGAUGGUUAAAAAGAGGUGGAAGUUAUUUCAGUGUGGAGGACAGCCAUGCUAUCAUUGCAGCGGCCGUGAUCUGUUCUUCGUUGAAACUGCUGUCAAUUGCCAGGGCAGAUUGCUGAAGAACGCAGGAAGGUUUCCAAUCAUGUGUGUCAUAGUUUGAUGACCUCAGAGAACAAGUCCAGGAAGCAUGAAUUCAGCAAGCAAGGUGGGCGAGAUCUUUGUGGAGGCUGGCGAGGCAUUCAACCGGCUGGGUAAUAUGGCUGUGCAGCUACAACAGGCAUCACCCAAUGCCACCAACAGUGGAAAAUGGCGUGAGGAAGAAAUCGAAAUGCUUCAUGAGGCCGUGAAAAGAUUUGGCGCAGACCCUCAGAAGAUCGGCGAAAUCCUGAAAACACGAAGCGUGAGCCAGAUCCGUAACGCGCUCAAGACGAAAGCCUUCGGCGGAGCGCAGGCGCACGGCGGGGCGGCGGCGCGGCCGCGGCCGGCGCCUAGCGCCAAACAGCAGGCCAGCCUGGCGGUCAAGUCGGACGUGACGCUCAAUAUGCUGAACGUGGGCGGCGCCGAUCACGACGCCGGCAUGAGUCAGGACUAUUUCGACGGGCCCACCGAGGAAGUGGCGUAACCGGUCCUACCGUCCGCGACAGUGGCCGUGAUUAGCUAUGGCUCGCAGUGGCAGAGCCGUGGUGGGACCUGGCUCACGGCGGUAGGAGUCGUGAUGGGACCUGGCUCACGGCGAUAGGAGUCGUGAUCGGACGUGGCUUGCCGCGCAGAAGAAGUCACUUAUCGGGCCUCUUGUUUCAUGUCGUGAUUGGCUGUGGUUGCGCGUGGAUGAAUUUGCCUGUAUGGAAGCGCACGGGGUGGUGCUAGUCUUGUUGCUCGUCUCCCCUUCAUGUUCAUGGUCCGUUGACGGCGCUUUCCAUUGCUCUGUCUGUUCAUUUUCAUUGAAUAAAUGCGUUCCCCAAUUAA